UGUUAUUGUAAAUUUGGUUGUAGAAGCGUACGGACGUUUACGCGCGUCGUCUGUUUUGUGAGCGUCUAGUUACGGUACUUUUUGUCGGUCUGCGCAUAUUGUCUGGUGCAUUUUUGAAACAGUAGUGGUGGUUAACUCUGUGUAUGUGUGAGUGCCGUGCAUUUGAACAAGGAAAAGUGUAAAGCAUUUGAAAGAAAGCAAGCGCAACUUGAAUUAAAAAAAAAAAAAGAAGCGAAAAGAAAAAAUAAAUUAAAAUGGCAACCGAAGUAGCUCAAAUACCCGCUGAGGAAACGCCUGCAGUUGCAGUAGCAGCAAGCACAGAAAAUGCUGCUGCCGAACAGGCGGAAAAACCUGCUGCCGAGCCUGUCGCCGCAACUGAGAACGCUGCCGCCGCCCAAGACAACAACAAAGAGGAUGCAAAGGCGUCACCAGCAGCCGCUGCUGAUGGGGCUGCCGAUGCAAAGAAAGAUGGUGGCGAAGCCGCUGCGACUGCCGCUGCAGCGCCAGCAAAAUCAGAAGCGCCAGCACAAAAGUUCAAUGUGCACAAGACCAAUUUUGAAAAGGACAUUAUCUAUCUGUAUCAGUUUUCGCGCACCCCCCUGCUGCCAUCGCUCUCGCCAUAUUGCUUGAAAGUGGAGACUUGGCUGCGUCUGGUCGGACUGAAGUAUGAGAAUGUGGAUCAUAAGAUGCGUUUCCGUUCGAAGAAGGGUCAACUGCCUUUCAUUGAGCUGAAUGGCGAAGAAAUUGCCGACUCGGCUAUUAUCAUCAAGGAGCUGUCGGCCAAGUAUGACAAGAAUCUGGAUGCGGGUCUAACGGCCGAGCAGCGUAAUGUGUCCUAUGCAACGAUUGCUAUGCUGGAGAAUCAUCUCAUCUGGAUUAUCUUCUACUGGCGCGCCAAGUAUCCCGAUAAUGUGCUCAAGGGCUACAAAGUGAAUUUGCAGCAUGCGCUGGGUCUGCGUCUGCCCAACUCGAUUUUGAACUUCUUCUUCAAAAUAACAUUCGGUCGCAAGUGGUUCCAGGGUACGAAAAAGCUCAAGGCGCAUGGCAUUGGCGUCCACAGCGCCGAGGAAAUCGAGGAGUUCGGCAAGAACGAUCUGAAGGUGCUCAGCGAGAUGCUUGACUGCAAGCCAUUCUUCUUUGGCGACGAGCCCACCAGCUUGGAUGUGGUGGCAUUUGCUGUGCUGUCGCAGCUGCACUAUCUGUCCAAGGAUAUUACAUAUCCCUUGCGCGACUAUAUGACCGAGAAGUGCCCCAACUUGAUUGGACACGUGUCGCGCAUGAAGGACAAGUGCUUCCCCGACUGGGAUGAGAUCUGCACGAAGCUGGAUCUGAAUGCGCAUAUUCCCAAGCCAGAGCCAGAGACCAAGGAGGGCAAGGAAGGCGGUGAGCAGGAGAAAUCAAAUGAGCAGGAAGGUGCUGACGGUGACAAAAUCGAGAAGGAGUUGGAGAAGGACAAGUCGAACGAGAAGGAGUCGUCCGAGGAGAACAAGGAGAAGGAGGAGACAAAGUAAAGCGCCGUUAGUUAUACAUAUAUAGAUCAUAUAUGAAAUUCGCUGGAGAGGAGCUAAACAACACCCCACAUAUAUACAUAGUACGAUACUAAAAUACUAUAUCUAUAUAUAGUAAUGCGCUAUAUAGCGCAGCUGCGUUCAUAUAUUAUAUUACCAUUUAAAGGCAGUAAAAUCAUUUAAUACAUAGGACAACUGUAAAGCCUGCAGGCAAACAGAAAAAGGUUAUAAACAUUAUAAAAACAAAAA